AUGCGCACGGUCAAGCUCGUCGUCAUCGGUCCCUCCGGCGUCGGCAAGACCAGUCUUCGCGGCCAGUACAUCUCGGGCCGUUUCUCGACGGGAUACAGAGCGACCAUCGGCGCGGAUUUUAUCACCAAAACGCUUCCGCACCCAACGAACCCAGAUGAGAGCGUGACGCUGCAGAUAUGGGAUACGGCAGGCCAGGAACGCUUCUCGAGCCUCUCGUCCGCCUUCUUCCGCGGCGCGGACGCCGCGAUGCUCAUGUUCGACGUCAACUCGCGUGACUCGCUCCAUGCGCUCGCCAAGUGGUGGGACGCCUUCCGCCAGAACGCGCCGCUCGCAGACGACGAGAUGGACGACUACCCGUGCGUCGUCGUCGGCAACAAGGUCGAC